CUCGGUUUUCCAUUCACAAUCAGUUGGAAGUUGCUGUUUCGGGAACCGCAGAUUGUGACCCGGGUCACAUCGAGCUGACCUUUCUUGUUUGAGAAGCUAAAAAGUUUGGCGCCGGUGCAGGUGGUGGGAGUGACCGUGCCUAGUGCCACCUUUUGCCUUGUGAAGCCCUCCCAAGGGGAGAGGAAAAGCGAAAAUCCGAGUGCACUUCACGCGUAGGAGUUCCUGUAGUUAAUUUGCUACUGCAUCAAGGAGCAUUUGUCAUACCCGAGUGGGUGGUACAGCUUUUCGGGAGCCGUGACCAAUUCCGAGGAAAACGUAAGGACAAUCUUGAUUAGUGAUAGACAGGCAUUGUUGAAAUUAAGUGUCGCGGAAAUGAAUAAACGGUAAAUAACUCUAUCGGAAAAAACACGUCUGUGGAGAUUUUGUGAGUGCUGAUAAGGCGACAAUCGCAAAGUUCCACUUCCUGAUCCCGAGCCAGUCAGUGGAAAUACAUAACAUCCAUCCAGGAAAGCAACUGGACGACGGUAGACACCGUAGCUCCUUCAAGGAUCCUCGGUCGUGGAAAUAAAUUUUACUCACGACAACCCUUCAACAUGGCACUGCUGAUUUACAGCUCGUUGGUUCUAUGCUUGGGAGCGGCGCUGGCCUCCCAACACUCUCCCUAUUCCCUUCAGGCCGCCGUGGAUGCUCUGCAUAGGCGAGAAGCCCAACUGGCGCUUCAGGAAGAGGGCAACGGCGAAUCGUUGGACGAUGAAGGCUACUGGGCGGAACCUUCCGACGAGCAACCGGCUUAUCGACCGAACCGGCAGCAGUGGAAUAAGAUCCUGGCCAGCUAUUUGCGGCGAGAUGACGACCUGGAUGAGGGACCGUACGACCCGUACGAGCUGGAGGCCCGUAAACGAUCCGUUUUCCGCGAGCGAGAUGCCCUUGCCGAACUGCCCCCGUACCCUACAGUGUUCAGGGAGCGUGAAAUGGAGAAGUCAUACCAACCGCGACCAGAUUUGUCGAACGAUUUCCUCAAGGAAAUCGACCGCCAAGCUAAUCUCGAGCGGGAGGCUAAGUAUCUAGACCAGCUGAGGCAACUGUGGGACAAGUACCAACAACAGGAGAAUGAAAUCGAACAGGAACUGUUUGACGAAGACCGUGCAGCCGCAGAAGAAGCAGCCCUCGGUGGUCAAUACUACGAAAAACGACAGGGUUACCCAACAGUUUCGCAAUCUGAGGCCGCAGCCAUGUACUAUGGUCCACCAAUGGAAGAGAGGAAGCGAACACUUCCGAUUCUCCCCUGGCUUCCAGCGACACGGAAGAAGCGAUUCCCUGUUGCUAAACGAUCACCCAAACCGGAAACAAGCGCCUCGGGAACAGACGAAAAGGUGGCAAAAGAUUUGCAAGCACUGUUCGGUGAACCGGAAGAAAGCAAGAAGAAACGAUCCGCUGAACCUGAGAUAGACAUCAAACAGGAAAAGGCCAAUAAGACCAAGUCGCAAGAAAAGCGAGAUGCUAGUGGAGAACAUGAAGAACGCGAGGAACGCAGCUCCGAGGAGGACCACGAAGAUGAUGAUCACGAUCACGAACAUGAUCAUGAACACGACCAUGACCACGAUCACGAUCAUGACCACGAUCAUGAACAUGACCACGAACAUGAUCAUGAUCAUGAAUCCAGUGAAGAAUUUGAAGGAGAAGACGAUGACAAGAAGAAAAAGAGAUCAGUCAAGAAGCGAUCGAACCUGGAAGUAGUCAAAGAAGAUCAAAUUAUUCCUGGUGACAUUGGAGAGUUCAAGGCCAAGAAGUCAAUCCAGUGGAACAAGUACUUCGGUAUCGAUCGGAGGAAAAAGGACGGUCGUAGCAGUGGUGCAUAUCCACUAAGCUUCUAUAAGACGUACGAUGAGGACCGCAAGAAGAAAGCCUUCAGUCAGGAUAAGUUAGACAACAUGGAUCGUAAGCUGAAAACAAUCGAGGACUUGAUUCUGGAUCAGACCGUUAAGUACACUGGAGAUCAUGAAGGUGGAUUGAUCGAACCGGAGGAGCUUCAGAAGCUGAAGGAUAAAGUUGUCUCACGCCUAGCCACGGCUUACAGCAUUGAAAAGAUGCGUCGUACAUUGGACAAGUUGAAGGAAUCGGUUGGCGAUGAUUCAAACCCGUUGAAGGACAAUGAGAUAGACACGGACAAGCGCGAUGACAAGAAAGAGAAAGCGAAGCGCGUUGCUGUCAAGAAGGAGAAAGCCGAAUACGACCAUAGCGAACACUCGAUGGAACCACCUGAAAAAGUCAGCAAAGAUGAAGUGGAAAACGAUCUGAAUGAUUUGGAUGACGACAAGAAGAAGAAAAAGAAGAAACGAUUGAGCAAACGAUAUCAGGAAGUAUUCCGUAACGAUUUCCCGGACUUUGAGGAGGAACAGGGAACCGGCCAUCAUGCUCCUGUCGGUGACAGCUAUGGCAGAAGUUUGGCAGUUGAAACCAACGAAUGUCCACUUCUGGAUGCUUUGGAACGCAGAUGCAGAGGAGUCGAUGUGUUGAGUGGUGACAUCUACCAGGAGCUGUUGCCCGCUUGUGGAGCACAUCAAUUGUGCUAUCUAUGCGGCACCCAUCAGAACGUAUGUGACUUCCAGUACCUGACCGAAGCGGAUACCAUUUGCGAGGGUCAAUCGAAUUGUCUAUCCACGGCACGGUCUGCAUUAAUGAUUCUGCGUGGUUUUCCAGGUCCCCAGUUAGGACCUCGCGAAUGUUCGAAGAAUCCUUGUCUCUACCGAGCGAUGGUCGAACUCGGUGUCAGUGGAUUGUAAGCGCGUUCAGAUGGAUGAGGUUCGCAAAAUUGAACCAACACAUUUUCGCACGACGGCUUGCGAAAACAUUUUUAGGUUUUGUCUCUUUGACGUCUAUGUUAGAUAUCUGCUAAAUAAAUGAACGGAGUUCCAACUGGAAAGUCGGAAAUGUGGAGGCCCCCAGUCCGCCUUUAGUCCGAUGUCGCAUAUCGAGCUCUAUAGCAACUCUUUCUAAUCCCUCACUGAAUGUGUGUCUGUUAAAGCAAGUUAAUCUAACCAAUAAAGAUGUAAAGUGUAACAAGCAUCUAUUGGGAAUGGAAUUUACUAAAUGACUAAGCUAAUAAUUUCACUUUUGUGAAGAUUUUCAACGAAUGCGAGUUUGAUUUUGUUUGGCAGUCUUAAGCGAUGCUUUGGCCGCAAUGUGACCACUGUUAAAAUGAUGAGAUUAUUUAUAUUUUAGUACAGGUGAUAACUUUUGCAAAUAUGUAUGGUUUUCAAUUAUUUGUGUAAUGAAAGGUGUUAUUUACAUAUAUACUAAAGCAAAAAUGGUGAAUCUGCUAUAAAAUCUAGUGUAACUUCAACAAUUUAAAUAUAAAACUGAAUGUAAUUAUAUUUAUAUUGAAGUGUAAUAAACCAAGAAUCGCCAGUAAACCCGAAGGAACCCAUCAUACAAUUGCACUCAAGAUAGAUAACCCAUUAGUUUGGUCCCAAUGACCUAGACGAUUCCUCAUCUGAUUGCAUAUUUAGACAAAAAAAAUGAACAAAAGAAAUCAGACAAUAAAUUUCAAAACGAACCCAGACGACACAAACAGAACGAACAAAUAAAAAGAGGAAUAAAACAAGAAUAUGAAAUGUGUGCAGCUAUAGUAUUGAAAAUAUACUUUGAAAAUCCAAUGGAGUAAACACAUGAGAUUGAAAAUAACUACCUAACUAAGUAAGUUUUAGUUUUACUAUCCUAAAAAUAUAAUGAAAGAAACAGAAAUAUUUAAAUCAUUCCCAAAUAUUGAAAAGCAUUGAAGUGUACUGUGGCAACACUUUGAAAGUAUUGGUGUUGGGCUAUUUAAAAUUGAAAAAGAAAAUCUACCAUGUUAGCUAAUAAAAAAAAUACAUCAAGCACUAAUGGGUCAUAGGUAUUAAAAUCAAUGAAACUAACUCCAGAUAUGGAAAGCAAAUGAAACGAAUCUAUAUCUAUGCC